AUGCAUAUAGGGUUGUCCAAUAAUUUUUAAAUUUAGAAUUCUAAACGUAAGAUUACAAGCUUGCAUUCUAAUGAAACAGAAGAAAUUAGAAGAACCCUAUCAAUAGCUAAUUCACCUGAUUUUAAUUGUAAGUGUAUACUAAUAAAGUAGGUUCUCCUUUGCCUUAGUUAUAUAGUCCUCCAUCAAAAAAACUAAUGUUUUAGAGAGUUCCUCGUUCAGAUGUUUUGAAACCAUUAAAAAAGGAUGAUAAUAAAAUGAAUGAGAAAGAUAUUAUAAAAUAGUUACAGGAAUCUCCAGAACAAAAAUUAGAAGAUUAAAUACAUAAACCAUUAGUGGGAUCUUAAUCAGCAAGAAGCUAUUUUUAACAUUUUAAAGUACUCAAUAAAGUUAGAUAACAAAACGAAUACCACAAAAUUAAUGAUUCUAUAUAAACAUAAAUGCUCAAUUAAGCAGAAUGUUCAGAAGCAUUACCUUGUAAAUUAGGAUUAGUUAAAAUGAAUGGAAAUGAAUCAUAAGUUACAAUUAACAACCAUCAUUAUGGUGAUAAAUAUAUUAAAAUGUUAUCAGAAGGAUUAAAACAAAAUUAAGGUGUCAAAGAAUUCUUUUUGAGUAAUAACCGAAUUAAAUAGAGUGGAGCUGUCUCUCUCUUAAAUUAAAUUGGAAAAUAAGCUAUAGUGUUAGACUUAUCAAAAAAUGAAAUUGGAUAAUUGGGAGUAGAUUGUUUAUGUUAACAAUUAUAAUUAAGAGACAAUAAGUAAUAAACUUAAUUUAAAAAUAGAAUAAAAGUUCUCAAUUUAGAAGAUAAUAAAUUAGGUGAUAAGUUUGUAAUCAAAAUUUUGAAUUGUUUAUUGAGUACAACAAACAAAGUUAAAUCACUCAAUAUAUCAAAGAAUUAUUUAACAAAUGAAGUUUCAGAUGUCCUUAAAGAUACUAUAUUAUAAUUGGAUUUAUUAGAAGAAUUAUAUCUUCAUUGGGUAAAUUACAACAAUAUUAAAAUUAGAACCAAAUAAAAGGAAUAGGAGGAUAGAAGAUUUUUGAAGCACUUAUUGAAAAUAAAACUAUGAUUGUAUUUGAUGGAAGUUGGAAUUGUUUUGGAAUCAGUGAAAAAUCUAAUUCUACUUAAAAGAUCUGUGAAUUUCUGAGUAGUAAUAAAAUUAUGUUGCAUUGUGAUUUAUCUGCUAAUCAAUUCACAUUACAAGAUUGUAAGUUGAUAGCAGCUAGUCUUAAAUUCAACAGAUCUAUGUAUGGUUUUCAUUUUAAUGGUAAUUGGGGUAUUGUAGAUCCUAGAGGAUUUCUUAUAAUAGAUGAAAAUUCUUAAUAAAAACCAUUAGGAGAAACUCCAAGGAUUAAAGGAUUAGAUCAAAUCACAACUCUUAGAUAUGAAAAUGUCUGUUGGAUUUGUUAAGGUUGGCAAGAACAGAUGUAUGAAUGGACUCCAGAAGGAGAAUGUGAUCCAUUGUUUUUACACAUGGAUUUCGAAGAUUACAAAUAAGUUUAUAUUCCUAAGAAACUUGAUAAUACAUAUAAGCUUCCUUUAAUGGUACCUGCAGGUUAAACUUAAUUCUUGUUUACUGUUAUUGAUAAUCAAAUGAUAAGUAAUAAUUUUGAUUAAAUUCCUUUUGGUCAUCUAUUGAAAUUAAAAGUUAAUGGCAAUUCUAUAACUUGUUAAUUAGAUAAUAUAAAUAUCAUCACUAAAUUACGUCACUAUUAAUUAAUGGAUAAAAAGGAAUUGAAAGCCUUAACUUCAAUAUUACCUAGAACACCAGAUCCUCUUUAUAUUCCUCCUAAAUUAAAAAAACAAAAAAGAAUCUGGACAUUUCCAAUAUCUAUCUGGUUCAAAGAUUUUCGAUUUGAAAAUGAAGAAUUCUUAAGAAAAUGUUUUGAAAAAGAUUGGAGUUGCAGUAAGAUCAUGAAGGUUGUAAAAAACCCGGAUGAACUUAAUGAAGUUAAAAAUCUUUUAUGGAAAGAUUAUAAAAUGAUUAAAGAAACAUAUAGAUGGUAUUCAUCUUAUAAUCCUACUGGAGAUAUUUGGUCAAUAUCAUCUAAUGUUAUUACUGAAUUUUCAUCAGCUACUGAAUUAGUUGAUAAUAAAACAUUCAAAUUAUCAGAUUUAGAUUUAAAAUUUAUUGCAACUUGUGCAGCAUCUAUUGAAUAUAAAGGCAAUUAUCGUAAUCCUGAAAGAGCCUUAUGUAGAUAUUAAUUUAUGGAAUUUUUGGUAAGAGUGGCUGAUGAUAAAUAUUUAAAAUAAAAAUAGGCUAGCUCUAUGUUAGAAUCUGUUUAAAUGAUACUACAACAAUGCAGGCCUAUCAUGGAAUAAUAUAAUGCAUAAAAAUGGAGAGAUGAACGUUAUUUUAAUGAAUAAUGUGAUGACUGUCUAAAAUAUUUUAAACCACUUUUGAAUAAUGUGUACAAUAGAUUUAGUAGUAAAAAAGUUAAACCAGGUUAAAAGAAAUUUAUGUGUUUGGAUGAAUUACAUGACAUUUGUGGAAACGCAGGUUUAUUUGAUGAAAAAUUUGUUGAUAGAGAUGCUGAUUUAGUAAUUAUUUAUUUAUUAUCAGGCUUUCAAUUUAUCUAUGAUGCUCUAAAUAGAUGAAUUGGAAAGUGAUAGAAUAUUUUAAAUGGCAUUUAUUGAAUUUAUGGAAGCAUUAACCAGAAUUUCAGAAAAAGUUUCUUUACCUGCUACUCCUGAUAUGACUUGGGAGUAAAGAUAAUAAUAACCUUUACAUAUCAAAUUAGAAAGGCUUCUUAUUUUAAUAGCCUAAACUUGUGCUUCUGAGGAUUAUAAAUAAUAAUUUGGAAAUCCUCAAAAGAGUAUAUUUGAUAUCUAACCUGAAGAUGAUUGA